GGUACAUUUUUGCCGUCUCCCCAUCCAGUGCAAACUGCACAUCCAGGAAAAUGUCGCCUUCGAGUCGACACAAAGGCAGGCGAAGUGCAUCCGCCAUUAAAACUGAUGCUAUUGUUUGAUCCGUCUUCAGUUGAAGCUCGUGGGUUUGCUGAUACAGUGCUGCCACUUGCGUGAAAUCAUGAAGUGGUCAGCACUGUAUCUUCUCUGUCUGCUGCUGGUCAGGGGGUCGCUGGCGGCCCCUCAGCACAACCCCACGCCACCCAUUCAGCUGCCAAACAUACCGCAGGAGCAGAUACCCGCCUUCCUCAAGUUCUUACGCGAAACCAUCGAGAAGAACCGGGCGACUGAAGCUCCCGUCUUCUCUGCUCCUAGCGGAGAGCUGCCGCCGGCAGAAGCAGCUGCCGAAGCUGCCCCGGUGGUGGAAGAGGUGGUUGAGCUUGGCCCUGUUUCUGAGACGAUUGAAGUUCUGCCUAUAGUGGAUGCGGCAGCUGAAGUGGUCCCCGCAGCUGAAGCGGAAGUGAUCGUCGCAGAACCAGUUUUUGGCCCCCGGCCGGAUGCCAUUGACCUUCUGGCGAAGGCCGCUAAACCUGCGGCGCGUUUGCCGGGUCCUGCCAUCGCGGCACUGAAGUCAAGAGAUCGGCCGACGGCUGGGCCGCCGACCGAGGCUCAGGCGCGCGACGCGACCAGCACGCCUCGCCCAUACAGUGGGUACCUGCCCCCAGCAGAUGGCAACGGGGCGCAGGGUCCGGAGGCCGAGUCGGUCCACCGUCCCUCCAAUGGCUACCUGCCCCCUCCUUCGUCGGAUGCGACAGGACCUAGCGCCGCGGGCGGCGCGCCCUUCACCGAACCAGAGUUCACAUUCACCUUCGAGUCGCCUGAUGGUAUGAUCCCUCCUGAGUUCCUCAAGUUCUUCGAACCUGCAGAGGGCGCCGACGCGCCUACCGGAGGAACGUCACGCAGCACGACCUCCACGUGGCAGACGUUCCAUACGUACGAGUUCCAGCAUACGGCGCCCGGUACCGGGCCGUCGGAGCCUGGCACCGGCGCCAGCUCGCAGUCAGGGUUCGGCUCACCGGGCCGGAAAAUUACCAUCGACCUUCCGGGUGAUUUCCCGGACAUCGGCGCGGGCUUACUCGGCCUGGCAGGGCUCGGUGGAGGAGACCGACAGCCAGGCAAGGGUUCAAGCAAUCUCGACCAGCCAGCUCCAGGACCGGACUCCCUCAUCCCGCUGGAGCCGCAGCUUGCUAGGCAGGUGGAGAAUGCGCUGAACCUGGACGUACUGCCGCUGGACAAUCCCGAUCUCAACAUAGUGGAGAAUGAGUUCCACGGUGUCACCCCGGUAGUCUCUCCGGCCAAGGUGGGCGCCUUCGUCCCCGACGAAGUUCUCUUCCGGGAGACUGUUGACGCCCACAGAGACGCAAGCUCAGUGAGCCCUCCGACCCAGAGGAUCAUCGCCAGAGAUUCCACCGGAGGAUCAACUGCCGACGCAGCCAAUCCUACCAACAGCGUUGGCUCGAAUUCGUUCGGCAAGGGUUUCCAGCCUUCCGCCCAGAGUGGAACCACAGGAGGCAGCGCGGGCCCCACUUCGUUCUCAAGAGGAAGCCCUUCGGGAUCGUCGUCUACCUCUGGAGGGUCACAAGUCUCGCAGGAUUCCGCCAACGUCUUUCCGUUCCGUCGCGACGGACCGUUCGAUAGCAGCUUCCAGGGCAGCUCAUCCGGCGGCCAGGUGCCGUCAUCAAACUCUCAGUCGUUUUUCCCGCAGAACAGCUUCACCACUACAACGCAGAGGCCCUUCACCCACACAACUGCUUCGAGUCAUGGAUCAUUUGGACAGAGUGCACCUUCUAGCAGCUUCCACAAUUCCUUUAGUCAAACUCCUUCGAACCAAGGAUCGUUUGGUCACUCGAACUCCUUUAGUCACACUCAACCUUCCAGCAAUUUCCAGAGUUCCUCCUCCCCCAGCCAUCAAACAUCUCAACAAAGCACGCCUCACACCAGCAGCUCCUUCACAACGUUCGCCCAACCGGCAUCAGCAACCGACUCGUCAGGAUCAUUCGGUCACCAGCCAACACACACAUUCCAAAACACAUUCCAAAGCCAUUCGGCCUUCACCACGACAGCUAGACCCGCCUCUCACUUCCAUAGUAGCUUCCCAUCUUCCUCCUCCAGCACCCAUCAAGUGCCUUUCACGCAAAAUACACAUACAAACUUCGCUCAAGCCGUGCCGGCCAGCACACAGGCGUUCGCCUUUCCCAGCACCAGCUUUCAGGCAUUUAUCCCAACCCACGCACCUAGCACAAGCCAGGGAACAUUCCGACAUGCGGGAACGUCAACUCGGCCCCAGGCUACCUUCAUUCAGAUCAACCCUCCCACUAGCGUUCGUGGAAACACGUUCAGGCAGUCUGGAUCUUCAGCGUCCACUAGGCCCAAGUCUGGUUCUUCAGCACAGGUGACCUCGUCUGCGACACGUUUGCCAAACUUCAACGACCCGAAUUUUGAUAGCUACGCGUUUUAUUCUGAUCUGAGGAAUCUGUACGGUACUCCCAAAUAAGCGUCGCGUGCGUUUGUCAUGCUAUUACUGUCUGGUGCCCGUUUUGAGUUUUCUUUAGAUCCCCGAAGUAAAAUAUACGAAACCAUGAAGUGCACUAAAAUACACAAAAUAUUAGUCCACUUAUUCGUGUGUCAUUUACUCUUCAGCAUAGACCGUCUAAUAGUUGUGGGAGUCAGAGUGGAGUGAAGAAAGGAACCAGUGUCACUUAUUCUGAAAAGUGCCGUUACGCUUGAGUGAAGUUGAUGGUCCUCUCUUCAGGAUUCGAAUGUUUGCUUUGAAUGUGAGAGUACAAUGUUAUCAAUUUGAGGAUAGUUGCCUGUUAAGUAUUAAUGUGAAUAUCCUCAUUAUGUUCUUACUCGUCUCAUUGUGGUUGUCUAUAGUGAGAUUGUUAUAACAAUCGGCGUAAAUGUAUAAAUAUAUCUACCGCGAUAACCACUAAUUUAGAUGCUAUUAAUUGCAUUCAGUUUCUUCCGCUUCAAUAACUUUGACAAUGUGACGACCUGCCUUUUCCAGGA